UCCAUCUUCAUCAGACGUCACGCAGAUUCACAGCCAAUGGCCCGUAGGAUGUUAAUUCCGGAAAUCCAUUUUCAAUCUGUGCUUGGCACUCCAGCCAUUUUCACGUCCAUUGUUCUGCCAUCUAUUAACAAAGGGUCUUUAUGCUGGGAAAUUUGAUUAAACCACCAAAAAUAUAAAUAUAUUUUAAGUUUAGGGAAGUGGAAAAUAAAAGUAAAUUAAAACUGAGAAUAAGAACUGAAGCGAUGAUGUUUUGUCAUGGCUCACGUGAUUAUUCACUCAGUAACACCGCUCUCUUCUUCUGCAGAAAACUCACAACGCGUCACAAAUGCAGAAUGGAGGAGAAUAUGCAGCUCAACAGCUGAUGUCACUUUUGACCCUGAGACUGCACACCCGUUGCUCAUUGUGUCCAAAGACGGGAAGGAAGUGAGACUUGGAGACACACAGCAGAGAGUGACGGACAAUCCAAAGAGGUUUGACUACUGUAUUAAUGUCCUGGCCAGAAAAGGGAUUCACCUCAGGGAGACACUACUGGGAAGUGGAGGUCGGGGAGAAGACGGCCUGGAAUUUAGGAGUCAUCAGAGAGUCAGCCGCAGCAGGAAGGGGGGGAUUAUAUUGAAUCCAUAUUUUGGAUACUGGACUGUGUGGCUGAAGAAUGAGAACAAGUACACAGCUAACAUUGACCAUCCUGUCCUCCUCCCCCUGAGAGUGAAGCCCUGGACAGUGGGGGUCUUUCUGGACUACGAUGAAGGACAGGUCUCCUUUUACAAUGCCCAGUCCCGCUCUCACCUGUACACCUUCACAGACACCCUCUAUCCAUUCUUCAAUCCUGAACUUAAUCAUGGUGGUAAAAAUGCGGCCCCUGUGCACACACUGACCCCUCAGCACACUGACCACUCUGAAUUAAUCAUUUGUCAAUAUCUGUGUCUGGUCAGAGCAGCACAAAGCCAAUGGAGACUUUCUUUAACAUUCAGUCCACCAAACUCAAAGCCCCCCUGAGGUUUCCUGCUGUUGGCUGCUUGUCUGAUUUUCAUUUUCAGGAUUUCUGUGGUUAAUGGAGACAUCGGGACUGCAUUCUUGGGAUUUUUAAAUGGCAGUGGAUAAAAGCAUCAGCUCCACAAACAAAUGUGAAUCUUUUCAAUUGUAUUUGAGAAUGAACAGAAAUAUUGAGUGCUCAUCUUUAAUUUGACAUUCAAGGAUGAAGUCAACAAAAAUGGUUGUGUUCUGCACAGCACUGGAUUUGUCUUCUUCAAUCUUUGUAUAAAGUCACAUGCUGGUGGUCAGUCCUGAUGACUCUGAUUUGCUCACUUUGUUGACACUGUGAUAGGCGCCUGGGGACCUUGACUCACAGGGACGCCAGGAGUGUGAAAGGACUGGGAAAGAGGCAAUACCUCCCUGGGGCAUGAGAGGGCAGGUCACUGGUUUGCAUUGGGGCCAUGGAACUGGAGCUUGGGAGCGUGCAUGCAAAUCAUUAGGGUGCACCUGGAGCAAAUCCGGGUGCAUUAUAAAAGGGGCUGCCUCACUCCAUUUAUGGAGCCAGAGUCUGGAGGAAGAACUUGUGAGAGGAGAGUGGAGGUGGUAGAAGAGAAGAAAGGACUGUGAGCAUUAUUGUGGUGUUUUGGGUACUUUGUGUGAAGAAUUAAACGUGUAUGUUCUGGACUUCUGGCUGUCUCAGUGUCUGUCUGUGUCCGGGCGUCUUUCACAACAGUAGAAGUCUGAAAGGGCACAAAGAGUGAAAGCUCAGCAGAAGAAAUCCAAGACUCUCAAUAUCCAGCACACCAUUCAUUUUGUAACUCGCUUAUCUAAUUCAGGGUCAUGUGAGGACUAUGCCAAUGUGGGGAUCAACAUGGAUAAGAACCAAUCUAUGACACCAGAGCUGAAGACCAACCAUCAAUCACUGUGCUACUAUGUUACCACCAAUCAGACAAAUAUAAAUUAAUAUCUAGCAUUAUA